AUGGUGGGGUCCGACUUCUCCCGCUACUCUCGCGUCUCGGUAAAAUGGCAAUGCAUCUACGUCCCCUUCCUACCCAUAGUCUUCACCUUCAUCGCCUUCAUCGGCGUAGCCGCCACAUCCGCCGGCGCCGUCAAAUACGGCACUCUGGACUGGGACCCCAUGGCCCUCAUCGCCCACUGGGACAAUCGCGCCGCCCGUUUUUUCGCCGCCUUCUCCUUCGCCCUCGCCGCCCUCGGUGUCAACAUCUCUGCCAACUCGCUCUCCGCCGCAAACGACCUGACCGCCCUGUUCCCCCGCUACGUCAAUAUCCGUCGCGGCCAGCUCCUCUGUGCGGUUCUCUGUUGGGCGCUUGUUCCCUGGAAGAUUCUCGCGUCGGCGGGUAGCUUUUUGAACUUCAUGGCUGCUUAUGCGAUUUUCCUGGGGCCGAUCGCGGCGAUUAUGGUUGUGGACUUUUGGGUUGUGCAUCGUGGGAAGUACGAUACUUUGGCGCUGUACCAGUAUCAUGGUAUCUACAAGUACACCGGCGGUUGCAACUGGCGCGCUAUCGUCGCUUUUCUCGUUGGCGUUGCACCGAAUAUGCCGGGGUUCAUCCAAUCUAUCAAUCCGGCUAUCGACGCUGGUGUCGGUGCUCGGCCGUAUAGCUUCGGGUGGUUGCUGGGUUUCACGGCGACGGCGCUGGUGUAUGCGUUGUUGGAGAUGGUUGUUGCGCCACCGAAGGAGACGUUCAUUGACAGGGCGGUGUAUCCUGAUGAAAUCUACGAUGAAGCGGGUGUGGUGGAUGAGGGGAUUAGUGUGGGGAGUGGAGAGGAAGGGAGGGCGGAGAAGACGGGGUGGAAGGCGAAGAUGACGAGGAUGUUGUAG